UGGUUAAAUGUUCUCUGUCUUCCUCGUUAUCUUGUGAUGGGUAAGACAGUGGUGAUGGCUGCUGCUGCUGCUGCUGCUGUUGGGGUGGUUGACCCGUGCUGAUGGUAACAGGAGCCAGCGAAGGGGGUGGUGGUCUAAGGACAGUAGGAACCACCGGUGUACCCAAAGGCGAUGGACUGAUGAACUGCUUUUGUUUCUUUUCCUUGUUUUUCUUUUUAUCCUUCUUUUUCUCCUUUUCGUUGUUGUCGUUGCCACUCUUUUUCUUUUUGUCUUUUUUGUCCUUGGUUUUUUUGUCCUUGGACUUUUUGUCCUUUUUCUUCUUUUUGCCUUCGUCUCCUACGGCCACUUGACCCUCGUGGCUGUUGUUGUUGUUGUUGAUGAGGAUGUUAUCGUAGUCGUCGUCUUCUUCUUCGGAGGAUGAAUCCAUGGAUAGUGUACCUUCGUCUGCAUCACUCUCGUCAUAACCUGUCAUGGCGUCAACAAAAUGGAUAGCGUAGGUGGUGCAAGGGGAAAACAAACGUCGAUUUUUAUAUGUCAACAAAAAAAGAAAAAAGCA